UUCCUUCAGAAAAAUAAUCUUGAUAGAUUAUCAUAGUUCAUAGCUUGAAAAAACUAAAUAUCUGUGAUAAUGCGGUGGUUUCAUUGGUAGAACCCAGACCUACCACAAGGGGGCAGUCUUCCCUCAUGUUUAAGCAUAAACCAGCUCUCAUAAUGCCGUUUGCAUGAGGCAAUAAAAUGAAGGUAUGUCUAAACAAACUUGAGUUCAUUUUUCUAUCAUAUGAUCCAGAUUUCGUUCCAAAUGCCAUUAACCAAUCUCUCUCGGCCAGUGACGUCCCCUGCUGCUGAUCCAGACCAAUCAGCUACCCAGCACUAACCAGCCUGACUAAUUAACAGCAGGAGCAGUAGUUCAUGAACUGAGGGGGAGAGGGACAGCCUGCUGGGGGAGUUUUCAUUCUUUACUGUCAAACUUGCAUGCAUAUCUGUUCACCAAACACAGGAUGCCCCCAUCAUUCUAUUCAUCUCACUUCAGAUGUUUAGCUGUUGGGUGUAGGCCUAUAACCUGUCUCACCAAAUCAGCUGUGGUUUAAAAACAACCCUUCAUGAGGAGAAGCGAGACAUUAUCUAUUGAGGCAUUCAAAGCUGUAAAGAACAAAGCACUGUUUGUCAAAAACUGUCGAAACAAAUACAUUUGCUGUGAGAUGCUGUUGAUUUGUAGAAUUUCACAUAAAAAUCCCUAAACAUACUUGGCCGUUCUUAAAUCCCAUGAAGUCCAACAUCAGAUGAGAAAGAUUAAUGAUAAACUGACGCCACUGUGCCAUUUCGUUGCAGUUCUCUCAUUGUUGUGGAGGAAUUUUUACUAAUCUCUUUACAACAUUGAUUGGGUUUUGGUCUGUUCAGCUGUCUCAAUGUUCCGCCAUAGCUGUUCUAUCAGACUGAUGUGUGGACUUUCAGUCAGUCAAUGAAAGAUUAUCUUCAACUGAGACCAUCUGACUAGAGUAUUUUGGUAUGCAGAGGAACUUAUGGCCACCUUAAUGACUUCAAGGUGCCCAUGUUCAGUGGCUGCAUAACAUGCCCAAAUCAUAACCCUUCCACCACCGUGCCUAACAGUUGCUGUGUUUCUGCCAAUCUGCUGUUUGCUUAUCCCAAUGACUUUAGCCUGCACAUGUCUUUAGGGUGAAUUGGAAUAGAGACUGUGAGCCAAGCCAACUCAGCCAAUGCCAGUACGUCAAUUACAAAUACUCUCUUGGAGGAAUAUUAAAAUGUUUCUAUAAAAACACUCCUAAGCACCACAGGCACAGCCUUCCUAAAGGAAUUGGAGCUGUUGUAGCUGCAAAGGCUGCAGCACACUAUGCUAAAAAGCCUUGUUUUAAAAAAGGGAGGUCAGUAAAGUUUGUAUGUGUGUGCAAACGCAAGUGACCUAACCUUUUUGUCAAUAUAGUGAAUGAAUAAUUAAUUAUUGCACUUACAUUGGUUGUCCAGUAGGUGGCACUGUAUUGAGUGAGUCCUAUGAAGUUGCUAUAUGCAAGUAUAACAUCAACAGCCUCACAUAGAGGGAAACAGCUUUUGAAUAGCUGUCCACUGGAUGUAUGAGGGGCCCAAAUGUGUCUGGACACUGAAGGGUUAAACCUGGUAGCAGAGCACCGUGUAAAGGUAAGUAGUUUAGUUAGGUAGACCGGAAACACGAGUUAGGGGUUUUUGAAAAAAAAAAAAAAAAAAAGCUGGUCUUCUGUUGCUUGUCUCUGAUCAUGCUUCGUUUGCCUACACCAGAAAGGCCUACUGCUGUUUCUACCUUUCUGACUCUUUGUAUUUGAGACAACUAGCAUAACAUGUUUCAAAUCAAUCGAUUCUCUGAUACGGAAGCGUUCGUUUGCUGCUUUUAUUUUGAAGAGUCGCGCUGAGCUUCCUGCCAGCGUCGGGCUGCAGCGUGAGCAGCGCAGGUCUGUCUGAGCCGCAACAUCAGCCCAGGGUUACUGCUGCGGUGAGAUUCUCCUCCGGUGAGCUAGCAGCGGGGACGGCACUGUCUGGAUCCACCUGCCGCUGGAAGAAGCUCCUUCCUGGCCUGAAUCUGAAGGCAGAUCCCGCUGGUAGAUGGAGAGCUAACCCGGAGAGGAGAGGAGAGGAGAAAUGCCCUUCGCUGCCUUUCAGCAGUCAUCGCGCUGAUCGCUGGCAGACGUGGAGAGGACCAGAAUGGUGAAUCUAAAUCGGUCUUCUUAAUUCAGAGGACGACUGACCAGGUUUCCGACUCGUUUAUGGAUUUGGGGGGAAAUUAAAACACAUGCCCCCUCAGAGCGGGAGCGAAAGGAGAAUGCAGAGCGGCGGGUUUGUGGCUGCAGGUGGAUGGCCAACCUGAACGUCUCAGCCGCCGUUACCCCCUCCCGAUCGGCAGGCAGCUGCCGCCUCGGCGCUGGCUUCACACGGACCAGUAAAGAAAAAAAAAAGACUUGAAUCGGAGUAAAAACAAAUAAACUCGAGCCAUGCUUCCCGGGGUCGGCGUUUUCGGCACCAGCCUGACCGCCCGGGUGAUCAUCCCGCUGUUAAAGGGCGAAGGCUUCGCCGUGAAGGCGCUGUGGGGCCGGACGCAGGAGGAGGCGGAGGAGCUGGCCAAGGAGAUGAACGUACCGUUCUACACCAACCGGAUCGACGACGUGCUGCUGCAUCAGGAUGUGGAUCUGGUGUGUAUCAACCUGCCGCCGCCUCUGACGCGGCAGAUCGCUGUCAAAACACUGGGUAUUGGCAAGAAUGUCAUAUGCGAUAGAACCGCCACUCCUCUAGAUGCCUUCCGAAUGAUGUCAGCUGCCCAGUACUACCCAAAGCUCCUCAGCAUUAUGGGAAAUGUGCUUCGUUUCUUGCCAGCCUUUGUUCGAAUGAAGGAACUUUUAGAGGAAGGAUAUAUCGGAGAACUUCUUGUCUGUGAGGCCCAGGUCCACAGUGGCAGUCUCUUGGGGAAGAAAUACAACUGGAGCUGUGAUGAUCUGAUGGGAGGUGGUGGAUUGCAUUCGGUAGGCAGCUACAUCAUCGACCUGCUUACGUUUCUCGCUGGCCAGCGUGCAGUCAAGGUCCACGGUUUUCUAAAGACAUUUGUCAAACAGACGGACCACAUCCGGGGCAUCCGUCAGAUAACCAGUGACGAUUUCUGCACGUUUCAGAUGGUAUUAGAAGGAGGCGCCUGCUGCACCGUCACCCUCAACUUCAACGUCCCAGGAGAGUUUCGUCAGGAAGUGAUUGUCGUUGGGACCAUCGGGAGGUUAAUGGUCACAGGCACAGACCUGUAUGGACAGAAGAACAGUGGCGGUGGGGGAAGUGGUGGUGGUCCUGAACUCUUGCUCAAAGACACAACUCCUCUAGAGAAGGCCUCCUUGCCAGAAAAGGCCUUUAGUGACAUUCCAUCCCCUUACCUCACUGGGACGAUCUGCAUGAUCCAGGCUGUGCGGCAGGCCUUUCAGGACCAAGACGACCGGCGGACCUGGGAUGGGAGGCCCCUGACGAUGGCCGCCACUUUUGAGGAUUGCCUAUAUGCCCUUUGCGUGGUGGAUACAAUCAAGAAGUCCAACCAGUGUGGAGAAUGGCAGAACAUUGUGGUCAUGAAGGAAGAACCGGAGGUCAGCCCUUCCUAUUUGAUCAGUGAGGCCAUGCGACGCAGUAGGAUGUCACUCUACUGUUAACAUCUGGCUGAUGUGCCGCUGUGGAGGACUGUGGCCUUGGUCUAGCUUAAAGUUCUUGCACGGAGCUGCUGAAUUUAAUUUAAGUCAUCUCUAGUUUUAUUUAAAUGUGCAUUAUUACUGUUACAGAGAGUUUAUGCCAAUGUGAUGCAUAUAUAUGUGUUUUUGCUGCCUCAGCAAUUUGGGGGUGGGUAUUUACAAUCAAACUUUGUAUUUAAAAGAAAGCUCCUUCUGGUUUUUUUUUUUUUUUUACAUUUGAUAAAGAACUUGAGUCCUUCUGCUAGAUGCAUUUGUAUCGGGAAGUGAAACUAGUUGUUGGUUAACUGGUCGGUCAGUAAAGACCGACCAGUCAGGGAUCUGUGUCUGAUAUUUCCGUUCAACAAGCUUUCUCUAAUGAGUCUUGAUGCUAUUUACCACCCUGCUGGCUGCUUGAUCAAACGAGCAUUGUGCAUCCUUUCCCCGCAUCCCUUCAAUGACUUGAUGACUAGGUGUGGAAAGACAAUACCUUACACUGUGGGUCUGAACAUGGACAGCCAAGGAAGAACGAUAGUCCUCUUAAAUUGUCCCGCUCUGUUGUUGCUGUACUCUGACAUUUUAGCUAGUUUUACCAAGUGAAUGUUUGAUAAGUCAGUGCACUUGAUAGUCUCUUUCUGUUUCUGCGUAUUUUACUGUGUGUGUGUGUGUGUGUGUGUGUGUGUGUCUGUGUGUGUGUGUGUCUGUGUGAAACAACAGAAAACUAAUAGCUUGGCUGCUGGGUUUCACAGAGGCUAUAACCCUUUGGUUAUUGUAUGCAAUAUAAAAAGGCUGCAGCCUUAAAUAAAGGGUUAGAACACACUUUGUAUGCCUUUAUGCAGUUGGCUGUGCAUUAGCCUUUUUGUUCUGUACGAGUGACCAGGGGAUGUUCCUCUAAUUUAUUGCUUUCCGUCUCUGUUUAUGGGUGUAGUUUAUAGUUCAUGCUAAGCUAACCUUAACUGUCGCUGCCAGUGAAUAUAAUCCCAUUCAACAUGCCUAAGCCAACAGUAAAACUGCAAAGUUUUCAACCAGUGAACUAUGUAGCACAGUGUCGUCAACCAUCAACUGCAUAAACAAAUAUAUGAGGCUCUAGUCGGUAAAGUUGGGUGUAUUCUGUGGGGGAUUUUUCAAUGUCAUUAGGUCCUAUGUAACCAGAAUGUCUAACAGUGUUACUUUUUGAAAUAUUUUGAGACUGUCCCUCUCUGUACCCUGUCGCUGAAGAUUAUAAGAAAGGGGCUACCUUUCCUAAAAUGUAAAAGAGGCUAUAUCUGUUUUGCCUUAUGCAAAGUUAUGCCGUUUUAAUUACUUUUCACUGUUCUUUCUCUUUUCCUGUGUUUCAUUUGUACUUGGAAGUCAGAACUACUUAGUUCCUAGUCCAAAAAAUCAACUACGAUCCCCCUUAAGUCAGAAUUUUGGCUAGAAAUCCAAAAUGGCUGCUAUUUGAUAGCUGUUAUAACAAUUUGCAUUUCUGAGUUUGUAUCUUUUGAAAUCAGUCAUAAACACAGCUCUAUUGAACAUUGAAGAGUGUUGCUCCACUUUGAAUUCAUAAAAUACUGAGAAAAACAUUAUUGGCAGAUAUUGCUACCAGCAGUUAGCAAUACAAGCCAAGAUCCCACAGGUUUUCAGAACUGCAGCUGGAACAAAUUUUAGAUGGAAAUGAGUUAGAACUUAAACUCAAAGUUUUGACUCUAAAGCCAAUUAAACACAUUAUUAACAUCGCUUCAAGCAGCAGGCAGCCAUAUUAGUGAACAAUGCACCGGCCAAUCAAAUAGUAAAAAUGUAGCUGGCUAAUAGAGUAGUUUAUAGCUAAAAUAAUCAUAGUAAUGAACAUAAGGUGAAAAUUAAAGUGGAACUUAAAUUUACAACACAGACAGAAAUUAGUUUCUAAAUGAAUCUUAAUGAAUGUUGUUUAUCGUUUGGCUAACAUGUUAGCUUUAAAUCUGAUUGUAGCUCAAUGCGCGCCAAACAACAAGCACAUCGACAAGAGUAGAACCAACUGGAGGACUCUGUAAUUUCCUCUGGAAAAUGUUUUUAAAACACUGUAGGGUCAGAUUGUGUUUAUAAUUGUUAGUUACUCUCUGCCCAUUUUCCUGAAAAAAACAAAAAACAUUAGGCUGCCUAUAAGGUUUAACUAAAUGUUUAAAGAAGCCAAAAUAUGUGUUUGUUUAUGCAUUACUAUUCUCAUGUUCCAUUUGCAGAUUCAAGUCCGUAAGAUUUGCUGAAAUAUUAUCUGUGUAACAACUACUGAAAAUGUACAUAUGAAAAUAUUGUAAAACAAGUGUUUGCCUGAACAGUUAAACAACUACUGUAUGUGUUUUAUCUGGAACUGGAAUGUGUUUUGGUGAGUUUUAAGGUAUUUAUUGUGUGGUUUUGAUGUUUUAAACUUUGUGGACUGACCUGCAGUUUAUUUGUGAGAUUGACAACAGACUGAGGCCUUUGGAGCAUUCAGCUUCUGUGUUCCAAUUACAGACCAAAAUAAAUGGCUAAACAUACUGAAAAGCUUUACGUUUGCUGUCAGAAGCCUACCUUACUGUUGUACAUUUUGUUUCCCAGACUGUGACGUGAACAAUCUGUGAUGACUGUAUGCUGAGGACUGUCUCGUUUAUGUUAUCUAUUUUGGGGAUUUGUUAGGGUCCAGCAUGCUUUGCUUAGGUCUGUCACUUGCUAUCAACAGUUUUACUCAUACAGCUGAAAUUCUUUUGGACAAAAAACUGCUCGCCAAAAAUUCUGCCUGGAAAAAAAGUCAGAGCUCAACACAGAUAAGCUAUCGCUCUUCAAGAUAAAAGAUUGCCCCUCAUGUACCAAAAGCCUUAUCAAAACUGCAUACAGACUUUCCCCCUUUGUCAGAUAAGAGAUUAUAUGUAAACCUAUAAAACCCGUUGUCAGGAUGUGGACUUUUCUCAUGAGGGUUUAUUUUGCUGUCAUGUUUAGGCUUUGACUUUGUAAAUUAAAGCUAACCUUUGUGUACUAAGAAGGUGCUGCUACAUAGGUGCUGGACUAAUAAAAGAAGAGCAAUAAAUGGG